GGAAAGUAACAUGUACCACGUGACGCCGUUAGCGCUACAUCGGUAUCUUUCUGGAAAAGGUGCGUUUCUCUCUCGGGCUAUGUGGCUGGUCCUGUGGAUGCCAAAAGCGGUCCUACCUACGUUCCACAAAAUCGAUACAGGAAGCAGCGACGAGAACGCCUGGCUCUCUCUUGCUUUACAGGAACAGUUUUGUGGCUGAAUGGGGGCGGAUGCUCCUCUGUACCAGACUGGCUGCUGUCACUCGAAUGCUGCCGUGUGGGUCUGAUGCAUGACCGUCCAAAUUUCUUUCAUUUUCUUUGUUAACUGUACUAUUCUCUCUCUUUCUGUUUCCGUCUUUCGUUGCGCCUGCAGCUCUCCGAUGAAGAAAGCGGCACUUUUUUCCUGUAAUAGCAUCAUCAUCACCUGCUCUGAGUGUAGAAACGGCACUAUUGCUGCACCUGUAUGGCCUCAUAAUAAUAAUUUGCUUCGGAAUAAUAUCAGCGAGACAUUUGAAUAUUCAUUGAUUUAAAAAUACAGAGUAAAGAACUGGAUAUUUGGACCAAUACUAUAACUGACCAAUCAGAGACAACGUAUGGGCCAAAGCCACGCCCAUUUAAUUCAAGCGAUUCUAUUCUAUUUGCUUAUUCUUUUUCCAUGGUCUGACUGAGACGUCUUCGACGCUCUCUUGCGUUACGGAGUGGAAAGACAACAGUGCAUGCCCGGACAAGUUCAAGUACUAAGUAAAUCAUUUCACAUCCAAACGGUCUUAAACACCUUUUAUUCCUAGAAUGUAAAUACAUAUAUUUAUUACAUGGUGUAGGUAAUGUCUACAUCAAAAUAACCCCUCACACACUUAAAUAAUUUAGAAACAGAAAGAAGGUAUAAAUAUUUCCAUCCAAAGUCAUUAGAUACCAGGUACAUGAGCCACUUGAAACAUCCAGGACAGAGGAUGAUUUAGAAAGCUAAACAAUUCUGAGUUGUAUCUGUUGCUUUAAAAGAAAUAUAGUUGUUCAAUUACUGAAAAUGACACUAGUUAAUGUGUUCGAGACAAUUUGGGAGACCUUCCAGACAAAAGACUCAGUUUUGCAGCCUGUGUGGGACUAUGUGCGACUCAACCACUCUGAAACUCUUCGGUCUCCUCUCUUUCCUGUGAUUCUGACCGUAGCGUCGUAUUUUGUGCUUUGCAUACCCUACCUAGUCUGCGACAUCAUGGGAAAGAAGUGGCCAGCUGUUAACCGGUACAAGAUUCAGCCUGACAAAAUGCCCACUACUGCAAUGCUCCUCCACUGCAGUGGAGUAACUCUUUAUAAUCACGUGCUUCUGGUGUUUCCUGCAGCAGUAGCGCAGUGGAUGUGGAGACCUUCUACUCCCCUGCCUGAACGAGCACCUACAUUGCUUGAACUUGCAGGUGGGGUGACUGGAAACCUUCUUCUUUUUGACUUUCAGUAUUUUAUCUGGCACUUUUUGCAUCAUAAGAUCCGCUGGCUGUAUGUGACUUUCCAUGCUAUCCACCAUAAUUACUCCGCCCCAUUUGCUCUGGCCACUCAGUGCCUUGGUGGAUGGGAGUUGGUCACGGUGGGCUUCUGGACCACGCUUAACCCCAUUCUGCUGAGGUGUCAUCUGCUCACCACCUGGAUGUUCAUGGUGGUCCACGUCUAUGUAUCGGUGGAAGACCACUGCGGAUAUGAUUUCCCUUGGUGCAUGUCUCGUCUGAUCCCAUUUGGUGUUUAUGGAGGUCCGAGCAAGCAUGAUGUGCACCACCAGAAACCUAAUACUAACUUUGCACCCCAUUUUAGUCACUGGGAUAAACUCUUCGGCACUCAUGCUGAGUUUAGUUUUGCUAAAACUCAGUGAUGAACAUGCCUGCAUGUGUAUAUUUAAUUUGCAUGUUUGGUUGCUUCAGACAGAGCUUAAACAAUGCUGAACUUAUAACUUCAGUUUUCACUUUGACUUUAUUUGUAUAGGAACAGUAUUAAAUGCAUAAUUUCAGUGCAAAAAAGAAAGAACAGAAAAGAAAAUUAUGCAUUGUGAUAAUAGUACAGGCUAAUUUGCAUAUCAUAAGCACAGGUAUAAUUAGUAAAUUACUAAAAACAAGAAUAAAUAUCUUUUUUUAAAUUAUUAUUAUUAUUUAUCUAGCCCUUCACCAUUACGAAAGAAUUUAAAUCUUGUGUUUAUUUUAUUUUAUUUAAGUUGAGAACCCACCGAGAAAACGCUUCUGGUAACAUCAUGUCUAUUUAUUUAUUUAUUUAUUUAGAUAACAACUUUAGCUUUAUUAUAUUAGCAUUUAAAAACUAUACAUUUAUGCAGCUUUAAAAUGCAAAAGAAAAAAAUACUUUUUAAAAAACAUCAGUGUAGUCUAUUAUCCAUCAUUUUUAAAGCUUGAUUAUAUAGUGACCUAUUAUGAUAAAUGUAAUAGGUAUAAAUCACUGUAAAAAAAAAAAAAAGAAGAUUUUUCAAAGUUUAUUGGAGCAUGUUCUACAAGAAAAUAUUAUUUCAGCUUAAAAAUGUAUUUCUGCUUAAAAAAAAUCAUGUUUAAUUUAGUGUGUUACUUGCCAUAUCUUUGUAAUUAUUGUGAAAUGUACUAGACAUUUUUAAUGAAAAUAGUUUCAAAGGAAAUCCUACAGCUUUUUUUUUUUGUGAUUGUGGAUUUAAUUGUUUGGGUUCAAACCAUGGCACAAUAUGAAGUGUGAGACAAAAUCAUUGCA